AUGGCAUCAGAAGAGGAUAUGUGGGUACCAUCUUGGACCCAGCCUAAGCCACAAAGGGUUGAUCAGCCAAAUGAGUACCGACCAACAAUGGAUUGGGAAGAAGGUUCAAGGGAUAGUGAAGACAGGCUUUUAGGUGUUGACACUGGAUGUCGUGCAGUAGUUUUGGAUAGCAUCAAUUUAACUGUAAACACAUCAAAUAGUACAUCCACUAUACCCAAUAGUUCAGGAAGUCAAGGGAAGAGGAAGAGAGGUGAAGCAAAGGCAAUAAACAAAAUGUCUAAUAGUGAUAUCACUAUUGAGCUUACCACUAAUCUGCUGAGUAUGGAAGAAAUUGCCAAUGACACUCAUCUUUGUGUCCUCUGUUGUAAUCUUCUGGCAAACAAGACUUUUAAGGACAUAUAUGCUGGUUUGAGAGGCAAUCGGGAGUUAUUAGUAGCUUGGUUAAAGCACAAUGCUGAAAACCCACUGUCACAUGCAAAACCCAAGAAUCCUUGA